UAAAAUACUUCAAUAGUAAGGCUUCAUCACAUUUCGUACGAAAACAAAACACCUAUCUCUCUCUCUCUCUCUCUCUCUCUCUCUCUCAAGUCUUUUUGAUUGCUCGAGAUAAUAACAACUCUGUUCUAUUGAAUAGAAUUCCCUCACUCUGUUACGAUUUACGCGAAGAAUUAACCAUUAUCUUCAACAGCUUUCUAAUCAUCAUUGCGGAAUUUGUCGCCGAUUUUUGGCUGUAAACAUAGAUAAGAUCUUCUUCUACUGGUGGAUGGACUGAAAGCUUUCGGAUUUGCAGUGGAGAUGGAUUCCGACCAACGGAGUCGAUCUGCAUCUUAUUACAGUAUUCUUGGCGUUGAUAAGAAUUCCUCAAUCACUAAAAUACGAAGCGCUUACCGGAAGCUUGCCAUGCAAUGGCAUCCAGACAGGUGGACGAGAAAUCCGUCGGUGUUAGGAGAAGCGAAGCGUAAAUUCCAGCAAAUCCAGGAGGCCUAUUCCGUUUUAUCGGAUCGGAGGAAAAGAACAAUGUACGAUGCUGGCUUAUAUGACCCGGACGACGUAGACGAACAAGAUGAGGGAUUCGUGGAUUUCUUACAGGAAAUGGUAUCGUUAAUGGCGGACGUUGAGAGAGAGGAGAAAGAUUACAGUAUGGAGGAGCUGCAGCAAAUGUUCGUGGAGAUGGCUCAAGGGUACGACAGCUGUUCCACAUGGUACGGUGGGCCCUCCUCAUUCUUCCAAUUAGAUGAAGAAGAAAAUAAAGACUCUUCUUGUAGACACUUGAAUAAGAGGGCAAGAUUGGAUUCCUCCAAACCGACGGUGGAGAAAGACUCUUACGUACACGCGUCAGGUUUAGAGACAUUUGAGAGGACGAGUUUUGCCAACUAGCCAACCCUCGUUCUUAGAAUUGUAGUGGACUUGUGAGUAGCUUUGGAUCUUUUCAAGUGGCGGAAAGAGAGGAAAGGAUUUUGUUUUUUUGGUUGUGUGUUUUCUUCCACGAUGGCUACCUAGCUUCUUGAUAUAGAAUUUGUGUAUAGGUCGGCAAGACGUUGAACAAGUGCUUGUACAAAUUAAGUGCUUUUAAUUUGGACAUCAUUCUCAUC